GCUACUUAAGGCGUCGUGGCCUCGCCUGCCCCGCCUUAGCUCCCGCGCUAGAGAGAAACAUGUAUCGUUUCCGAUCACAGCUCUUCACGGGGAUUUCUGCUGCCGCCGUCGCCCGCGCUCACCCCCGCCGCUCCUCGCCUCUGUUGUUAGUCGAAGCCUCGCCUCUCAGCCGCCCGCCGCACAGACCCACGAGUAAAAAGUGCAGCUCCAUCGGCUGAUCCUCGCUAAGCUCCGAGUCUAGGCGGCACCGGGCGUCCCACGAUGCCGAAGAAUAAGAAGCGGAACACACCCCACCGCGGUGGCAGUGGUGGCGGCGGCGGCUCAGGGGCAGCUGCAGCGACGGCGGCGACAGCAGGUGGCCAGCAUCGCAGUGUUCAGCCGUUUAGUGAUGAGGACGCUUCCAUUGAAACAAUGAGCCACUGCAGUGGGUACAGCGAUCCCUCCAGUUUUGCUGAAGAUGGACCGGAAGUUCUUGAUGAGGAAGCAACUCAAGAAGACUUGGAAUACAAGUUGAAGGGAUUCAUUGACCUGACCCUGGAUAAGAGUGCAAAGACAAGACAGGCCGCUCUUGAAAGUAUUAAAAAUGCACUGGCUUCAAAAAUGCUUUAUGAAUUCAUUCUGGAAAGAAGAAUGACUUUAACUGACAGCAUUGAACGCUGCCUGAAAAAAGGUAAAGGUGACGAGCGGCGUGCGGCGGCGGCAUUAGCGUCCGUUCUGUGCAUUCAGCUGGGUCCUGGCAUCGAAAGUGAAGAGGUUCUAAAAACUCUCGGACCAAUUCUGAAGAAAAUAAUUUGUGACAGCACAGCUAGUAUCCAGGCCAGGCAGACUUGUGCAACUUGCUUUGGUGUUUGCUGUUUUAUUGCCACAGAUGACAUUACAGAGCUGUACUCGACUCUGGAAUGCUUGGAAAAUAUCUUCACAAAGUCCUAUCUCAAGGAGAAAGACACCCCUGCUGUUGGCAGCACCCCCAGCACAGCGCUUCACAUCAGCGCCCUUCUCGCGUGGACCCUGUUACUAACCAUAUGCCCCAUCAGCGAGCUGAAGAAAAAGCUUGAGAUGCAUUUCCAUAAACUGCCAAGCCUGCUGUCUUCUGAUGAUGUAAACAUGAGAAUAGCUGCUGGCGAAUCUUUGGCACUUCUGUUUGAAUUGGCCAGAGGAAUGGAGAGUGACUUCUUCUAUGAAGACAUGGAGUCUCUGACUCAGAUGCUUAGGGCUUUGGCCACAGAUGGGAACAAGCACCGAGCCAAAGUGGACAAAAGGAAGCAGCGCUCGGUGUUCCGAGACGUGCUGCGGGCGGUGGAGGAACGGGAUUUUCCAACAGAAACUGUUAAGUUUGGUCCUGAACGCAUGUAUAUUGAUUGCUGGGUCAAAAAACAUACCUACGACACCUUUAAGGAGGUUCUCGGAUCGGGGAUGCAGUAUCACUUACAGUCAAAUGAAUUCCUUCGCAAUGUGUUUGAACUUGGACCCCCAGUGAUGCUUGAUGCUGCAACACUUAAAACAAUGAAGAUUUCUCGUUUUGAAAGGGGACAAUGAAUCGUUCUCCCCAGGACACUGGCUCUCACAGCAUUCAUGGAGACAGGAAGCUGUAUGCUGUGGAUUCCAUAAACGAC